CUAUCCACGCUGCAGAGUAUACAGCAAUAUCCAGCUAUUUCGCUGACUUGUUGAGUUUCUGCAACAAUUUCAGGCUGCCGGAGAUCGCUGAUAUAUAUGAACACGCAAUGCAGGCCGCUAUAGGGAAGAGAGCAACAUUAGCCCAAGCAUGCACGACUUGCUCUGUACUUUUGGACCGACUCCUCCGACUUACACGAAACUCGAGACACAAUGGCGGGCGUAGCAGAAAAUGGAGUGGCCGACAAUAUCGUCCAUCGCAUGGCGAUAGAGGAUAAGGUGCCGUGGUACAGGAAGAAGAACCUGCGAUACCUUUACUUUAUGCUAUUUCCAUGCCUCAUGGGCAUCGAGAUGACCUCCGGGUUCGACUCGCAGGUCAUCAACGCUGUUCAGAUCGUUCCGGCGUGGAAUUCAUAUUUCGGACAUCCUCAAGGAGGGCUGAAAGGCAUCCUCGCCUCAGCACUUCCACUGGGAUCCUGUAUCGGCCUUCCUCUGAUUCCAUACGUCAACGACGGGUUUGGUCGACGAUGGUGUGUCAUGUUUGGCUCGGUCAUCAUGAUCAUUGGGUCGCUCAUCCAAGGAUUCUCUAUUAAUGCCCCAAUGUACAUCAUCUCGCGACUCAUCAUCGGGUUCGGACUUCCUUAUGCCAUUGUUGCUGGGUCGAGCUUGAUCGGCGAGCUUGCGUAUCCCAAGGAGAGAGCUAUUAUGACCUCUUUGUUCAAUGCUGCGUACUUUAUCGGCGCCAUUGUGGCCGCUGGUAUCACGUUUGGGACGCAGACCAUUGCCUCGGAUUGGUCAUGGAGGGUCCCCUCACUCCUUCAAAUGUCCCCUUCGAUCUUUCAAGUCUCCUUGAUAUUCUUCCUCCCCGAAAGCCCUCGCUAUCUCAUCAGCCAAGACCGCCACGAAGAAGCCCUCAAGAUACUCGUCAAGUACCAUGGCGAAGGCGACGAAGCCUCGGAAUUUGUCAAGGCCGAAAUGGCCGAGAUUAAAACCACUAUGUCGAUAGAGAUGGACUUCGCCAAACGCUCCUGGCUCGACAUGGUCAACACAGCUGGUAACCGGCGCCGUCUCGCCAUCGGAGCCCUUGUCGGCGUCAUGACCCAGCUCUCGGGAAACGUCGUCAUUUCGUACUACACAAGCGAUAUCCUCGCCAUGGUCGGCUAUACGGACCCGGCGUUCCAGGCCAAGUUCAAUAUUGGGAACCAGUGCAGCAGUGGGGUUUUCGCUUCCAUCGCCGCGUUAGUCGUUAUGCGGUUCCGCAGGCGGACUAUGUACCUGACGUCUAUUCUGAGUAUCUUGGUCAUUUACGUGGCGUGGACAAUCUCCGCGGCUGAGUAUCUAAAUGCCAACUCGCAGGUGGCGGCCAAGUUGUGUCUCUUCUGGAUUUAUGCAUACCAGCCUUGUUACAAUAUCGGGUUUAAUGCGCUCACGUACACCUUUUUGGUCGAGGUUUUCCCCUACGCCUCGCGAGCUCGCGGCCUUGCCGUGUAUCAGUUCUUUGGAAAGGCUGCACAGUUUUUCGGCACGAACGUAAACCCCGUGGGACUUGACCCCGUCCACGGCAUCGGCUACAAGUUCCUGAUCGUGUAUUGUUGCUGGAUCGCCGUUGAGGCGUUCCUGAUCUGGUGGCUGUGGCCAGAGACUUCGAACCGCACCCUAGAGGAGCUUACUUUCUUGUUUGAGGACGAGGAGCGCGCUCAUCGUGCGACGGCGGCUGUAGAGAAGCAGAUCCAUCACGAGGAUGCGGGACCGCGUGUUUCUGUGAAGGAGGAAGCUUGAUCACUUGAGGAGCUUUUGGCUGACGUCGAGUGAUGAUUUCCUCGCUACAGCAGUGACGGGAAGGAAUUUGUGCGUCAGCGGCACUAUGGCUGAGAAAGCUGAUAUGCUGCUUUGACAACGCAGUUAUGGGCUCAAGGACCUGCCUGGCCUUGGUCGGUGAUCCUACAUUGUUAAGGCAAUGCUCGACAUCUCCAGGCUGUUGUAGACUACGCCCAGCUGCCUGACCUAGCUACCGGGAUAUACAAAAAUGUACACCUCACCCC